CCGGUGGCCAUGUUCGUCCGUACUGCAGAGCUGCUGCCGGAGGAUCGUUUUAAAGGGCCCGCGCGCCGCCGCCCCCUCGGCCCGCCAUGCUGCUACCCGUCCCGCUGCUGCUCGGCCUCCUUGGCCUGGCCGUCGCCGAGCCCACGAUCUACUUCAAGGAGCAGUUUUCGGACGGAGAUGGGUGGACCCAGCGCUGGAUCGAGUCCAAACACAAGUCAGAUUUUGGCAAAUUUGUCCUCAGUUCUGGCAAGUUCUACGGGGACCAGGAAAAAGACAAAGGGCUGCAGACCAGCCAGGAUGCCCGCUUUUACGCCCUGUCGGCCAGAUUCGAGCCCUUCAGCAACAAGGACCAGACCCUGGUGGUGCAGUUCACCGUCAAGCAUGAGCAGAACAUCGACUGUGGGGGCGGCUACGUGAAGCUGUUUCCGGGUGGUCUGGACCAGACAGACAUGCACGGAGAUUCCGAAUACAACAUCAUGUUUGGUCCUGACAUCUGUGGCCCUGGCACCAAGAAGGUUCAUGUCAUCUUCAACUACAAGGGCAAGAAUGUGCUCAUUAACAAGGACAUCCGUUGUAAGGAUGACGAAUUCACGCACCUGUACACGCUGAUCGUGCGGCCCGACAACACCUACGAGGUGAAGAUCGACAACAGCCAGGUGGAGUCGGGCUCCUUGGAGGACGACUGGGACUUCCUGCCACCCAAGAAGAUCAAGGAUCCCGAAGCUUCGAAGCCGGAAGACUGGGACGAACGGGCCAAGAUCGAUGAUCCCACGGACUCCAAGCCCGAGGACUGGGACAAGCCCGAGCACAUCCCAGACCCCGAUGCUAAGAAGCCUGAGGACUGGGACGAGGAGAUGGACGGAGAGUGGGAACCACCAGUGAUCCAGAACCCCGAGUACAAGGGCGAGUGGAAGCCCCGGCAGAUUGACAACCCCGAUUACAAGGGCACCUGGAUCCACCCGGAAAUCGACAACCCCGAGUACUCCCCUGACCCCAAUAUAUAUGCCUACGAGAACUUCGCCGUGCUGGGCUUAGACCUCUGGCAGGUCAAGUCCGGCACCAUCUUCGACAAUUUCCUCAUCACCAACGACGAGGCGUACGCGGAGGAGUUCGGCAAAGAGACGUGGGGCGUCACGAAGGCGGCAGAGAAGGCCAUGAAGGACAAGCAGGACGAGGAACAGAGGCUGAAAGAGGAGGAAGAGGACAAGAAACGCAAAGAGGAGGAGGAGGCAGAGGACAAGGACGACGAGGAGGACAAAGAUGAGGACGACGACGAGGAGGAGGACAAGGAGGACGACGACGAGGAAGACGCCGCUGGCCAGGCCAAGGACGAGCUCUAGAGGCCGCGCCACCCGCCCCCAGGACUGGGCCGAGGCCCGAGCGCUCCCGCCGCAGAGCCGGCCGCGCCAAAUAAUGUCUCUGUGAGACUCGAGAACUUUCCUUUUCUUCCAGGCGGGUAUAGAUUUGGGGUGGAUUUUGGUUUUGUUCCCCCACCCUCCUUUCUUUCUUUUUUUUUUUUUUACUGAUGUUUUUUGUCUUUAAUUCCAGCCCCCCCCCCCAUCUUUCUUGAUUUACAUCUUUUCCUCCUCCUGUUGUUUUCUCUCCCCAGACCCCUCCUUCACUACCCUCCAACCCAGGGCCUGGGGUGCAGAGGAAACGCCCUGGGUUGGAGAUUGCAUCUGCUCUCCUUCCUGGAACCCACAGGGGGACAGAGGGUGGCAGCUCUAGACCCCCAGCACUGAGAAAGAAUGGGGCUCUUCCCGUUUUUCUCCCCUCAUGUCCCCUCUGCCCCCAGGAACAGGCCACUUGGGGGUGGGGCAGCGGGUUCCAGCUCGGCUCACACUGAGAAUGUAAGAACCGCAAACAAAAUUUCUAUUAAAUUAAGUUUUGUGUCUCC